CGCCGGGUCCCCGCGCGCUCGGGCGCUCAGUAAGCCGCACCACCGAGGCCGCCUGUCUCUCUCUCUCUCUCUCACACAAACACACACACACACACACACACACACACACACACACACACACACACACUCUCUCAUACACACACUCGCGCGAUCCUUACUACGGCUGGCGAUGUGACGCGCCACGUUCGCCUUGUGGAAUAGCGGAGUAUCCAGCGCGUGAAGAACCGGAGGAGUGCGGCUUUUCCACGGAAAGGGAUGAAGCGACAGCGGAGGACGCCGUUGACCAUGACUGUGGAUUUUCUCACGUUUUUGUGCGCCAUCGCGGCUGUCUCAGGGAGGGAAGAGACAAUUUUGGACACACGGACUGCCACAGCUGAACUCGGCUGGACAGCGUACCCUGCAUCAGGGUGGGAGGAGGUGAGCGGCUAUGAUGAGAACCUAAACACCAUUCGUACAUACCAAGUGUGCAAUGUGUUUGAGUCAAGCCAAAACAACUGGUUAGUGACCACAUUUGUGCGUCGUCGUGCUGCCCAGCGUGUCUAUGUGGAGAUGCGCUUCACAGUACGUGACUGCAGCAGCAUCCCACGUGUUCCUGGCUCAUGCAAAGAGACAUUCAACUUGUACUACUACGAGAGCGACCAGGUGAUCGCCACCAAGGGGGCCACAUUCUGGACAGAGGCACCCUACCUCAAGGUAGACACCAUUGCUGCAGACGAGAGCUUCUCUCAGGUGGACUUUGGUGGGCGCCUCAUGAAGGUCAACACAGAGGUGCGCAGCUUUGGGCCGCUCUCCAAAAACGGCUUUUACCUGGCCUUCCAAGACUAUGGAGCGUGCAUGUCACUGCUGUCUGUGCGUGUCUUCUACAAGAAGUGCCCAAGCGUUGUGCAGAACUUUGCAGUCUUCCCUGAGACUACAACUGGUGCUGAGAGCACGUCGCUGGUGAUUGCUCGUGGUUCCUGCAUCCCAAACUCAGAGGAGGCUGACGUACCCAUCAAACUCUACUGCAACGGCGAUGGCGAGUGGAUGGUGCCCAUCGGUGGCUGCACCUGUAAGGCUGGCUUUGAGCCUGACAAUGGCAAUAUCUGCAGAGCUUGUCCUCCUGGUACAUUUAAGUCCAUGCAGGGCACAGGGCUCUGUUUGCAAUGUCCGCCCAACAGCAGGUCCACAUCUGAGGCCUCCACUAUUUGCGUCUGCAGGAACGGCUACUACAGAGCAGAUGGAGACCUGCCAGACAUGCCCUGCACUAGUGUUCCGUCUGGUCCACGGAACGUCAUGUCUGUUGUGAACGAAACGUCAGUGACCCUAGAGUGGCAUGCACCUCGUGAGACCGGAGGCCGUAGAGACGUCGUCUACAACAUUGUGUGUAAGAAGUGCAGUGCAGAGAGGCGCUCAUGCUCACACUGCGAUGACAGCGUGGAGUUUGCACCGCGCCAGCUGGGCCUCACCGAUACUCGUGUGUUCAUCAGCAACCUUUGGGCACACACACUAUAUACGUUUGAGAUCCAGGCCGUCAAUGGUGUGACCAACAAAAGCCCGUACCCGGCACAGCAUGUCUCUGUUGACAUCACCACUAAUCAGGCUGCUCCAUCCAUGGUUCCCAUAAUGCACCAGGUCAGCUCCACCAUGAGGAGCAUCACGCUGUCAUGGCCACAGCCAGAACAACCCAAUGGCAUCAUACUGGACUAUGAGCUGCAUUAUUAUGAGAAGGAUCUAAUGGAGGUUAACUCAACAGUACUGAGGACUCAGACUAACACAGUUCGUGUGGAUGGUCUCAGGCCCGGCACAGUCUAUGUGGUGCAGGUUCGAGCCAGAACAGUGGCUGGAUUCGGCAAAUACAGCAACAAGAUGUGCUUCCAAACUCUCACAGAUGAAGACUAUAAGUCAGAGUUGAGGGAGCAGUUGCCGCUCAUUGCUGGUUCAGCGGCUGCUGGGGUGGUCUUCAUCGUGUCUCUGGUGGCCAUUUCUAUAGUUUGCAGCAGGAAACGGGCUUACAGUAAGGAGGCAGUGUACAGUGACAAGCUUCAGCACUACAGUACAGGCAGGGAACUUUCUUUGAGACCAGAUCUGUCUAACUGCCACUCCCCCAUGGGCUGCCCAACCCUGCCAGGCUCACCAGGGAUGAAGAUAUACAUCGAUCCAUUCACCUAUGAGGAUCCCAAUGAGGCCGUUCGUGAAUUCGCCAAGGAGAUUGACGUCUCCACCGUCAAAAUCGAGGAAGUCAUUGGAGCAGGUGAGUUUGGAGAGGUGUAUAAGGGGCGACUUAAGUUGCCUGGUAAGCGGGAGAUCUACGUGGCCAUCAAGACCCUCAAGGCAGGCUAUUCUGAGAAGCAGCGACGGGACUUCCUGUCUGAGGCAUCAAUCAUGGGCCAGUUUGAUCACCCCAACAUUAUCCGCUUAGAGGGUGUUGUCACCAAAAGUCGGCCAGUCAUGAUCGUCACAGAGUUUAUGGAGAAUGGAGCAUUGGACUCUUUUCUCAGGCAAAAUGACGGCCAGUUCACGGUGAUCCAACUGGUGGGAAUGAUGCGAGGCAUAGCAGCAGGGAUGAAGUACCUGUCUGAGAUGAACUACGUUCACCGGGACCUGGCCGCUCGCAAUAUCCUGGUCAAUAGCAACCUUGUGUGUAAAGUGUCCGACUUUGGCCUGUCACGCUACUUGCAAGAGGACACAUCUGAUCCCACAUAUACCAGCUCACUGGGAGGCAAGAUCCCGGUGCGGUGGACAUCUCCAGAAGCUAUCGCUUACAGGAAAUUUACAUCAGCAAGUGACGUGUGGAGCUAUGGCAUCGUCAUGUGGGAAGUGAUGUCAUUCGGCGAGCGGCCGUACUGGGACAUGUCCAAUCAAGACGUGAUUAACGCUAUAGAACAGGACUACAGGCUUCCUGCACCAAUGGAUUGCCCCACUGCUCUGCAUCAGCUCAUGUUGGACUGCUGGCAGAAAGAUCGCAAUGCUCGGCCACGUUUUACCGACAUUGUUAAUACACUCGACAAACUCAUCCGCAACCCGACGAGUCUAAAGGCUGUCGCUAGUAUGCCGUCUAUUCCGUCUCAGCCACUGUUGGACAGGUCUCUCCCUGACUUCAACACCUUCAGCUCAGUGGAGGACUGGCUGUCUGCUAUUAAGAUGUCUCAGUAUAGAGACAAUUUUCUCAACUCUGGCUUCACUUCCUUGCAACUCAUCGCCCAGAUUACUUCAGAAGACUUGUUGAGGAUAGGCGUGACUCUGGCUGGCCACCAGAAGAAGAUCCUGAGCAACGUGCAGACCAUGCAGAUGAGCCAGUGCCAGUCUCCAACAGCACUGGCAUGACUACAGCAGGCGCCGGUUGACGGGCCAGGCAUCCUGCUUAGUGUGCAGGAGCGGGUGAGCACUGGCACGUCAGAGCGCGCCAGAGUUGAGACAAUCAUUCUGAUCUGAUAAAGAGACACACAUGUGCCGAUACACACUACAGAUGAGUGUGUUUGUAAAGAGAAAACAAAACAGGGAUACCUGUCUGUCUGUCCAUUUAUCUGUCUCUGGCUGUACAUACAGGAUUUCCAUCUGGCCAUUAUUAUUUAAGCAAAGACAGUCAAACUGUUUCUAAUACCAAGGACAUGUGUACUAUUUUUUUCUUCCCUUUCAGUUUGCUCAUGAUUCAUCAUGCUGAUUCUUUUCUUUUUCUCAACGAUUUUUAAAUUGGGAGCGCAAUUGAGGAUCUACUACAAAGCAGAAAAAAAACACCUCCAGAUGUACUUCUUUUUUUUGGGUUGCUGUUACAUAUUCAUUUUCUUUUCUAUUGAAACAAAAUACUGUACAGCUAUACCUCGUAGUCCUCUGCUUCCCAGCAUCACUACCUGACAGCUGGCUUUGCCAAAGGACGUCUUGAACGGCCUCUGUGUAUAUCUUUAAAUAAAUAUGAAUAUAUCUUUGGAGUAAACCUUCAUAUUGAAGGUGCUUUGUAACAGAUACAUAUGUGCAUACUUUUCUCCUUCUCCGGCACAAUAUGCGUUGCGUAGAUAAUACUGGACUCAUGGAACACUUCCAAGAAAAGGAAUUAAAUGUAGUCAAACUGGGGAAAUUAAAUAAAGCCCAAAAGGACGAUCUUCAAAGAUUUGUGGCUGUCUUGGAGCCAACACUGUAGAAAUGUGAUUUAAUUGUGUAUAAACACCUUGUAGGGUAAAGCAAAUGAAAUCUUCAGGCUACCAAACUGGAUGAUGUAUAGUGUAGAAGUUUUCAUGCUGAUGAACACUUAACUGUACAGGUUUUCUCUUCUUCUUCUUCUUCUUCUGUACAUGUUCUUUUUCUUCCUUUCUUUAUGAUCCUCUCUGGGUUUCUCUUGUUCGUUUGUGCUGAAGUGUUUGGCAGAGUUGUCUAAGGACAGCUGUGUGUGUGUGUGCGUGUGUGUGUGUGUGUGUGUGUGUGUGUGUGUGUGUGUGUGUGUGUGUGUGUGUGUGUGUGUUUGCUACCUAAACUCUCUGGUAUGUCCAUGUUAGUGUUAUUGCACUGUUUAAUAUGCUGUACUGCUGUUCGUCUUCAAAACAGGGUCUUCAAAAUUCGCUAAUCAAGUGUUUACAUAUACAAUGAACUGAUGAGCAUAUAGUCAGCUAGUGCUAGGAUGAUCACCACGAGUCUCUCUCUCUCACAUACACACACACACACACACACACACAAGCACACAGUUAAUGUGUGGGACAUGAAACACCACAUGUGUUCAGAUAACAUUGUUGAACCUAGUGCACAAGGUCUCUGACAUCAGUCUGGUUCAAAGAGUGACUGGUCAUCUGUGGCUAGGCUGUAUAGCUGCAUGAACCUUUGCUAACAGAUGUCCAGUGCCCUAUCAAUGAACACAUUCUCCUGAAGUGAUAAUUGAGAUCUCACUCACACACACACACACACACACACACACACACACACACACACACACACACACACACACACACACAGGCUUUGUGCUGUCCUGCUCUCUCUUCUUUAGUUGCCACGGUGAGGAAAAUGAAAGACCUUGCACACUCUGAAUAGGGGUGUGGCAUAUUCUGCUGGCUUGAGAUGAGGAAGGAAACUUUAUUUUAGUUUAGAAGUUAAUGAGUAAAAGAUUCAGAGUGAGGGUGUGUUUGCUGAAAGCUCUCUCUUUCUCUCCCUCUUUCUCUCUUUCUCUGCCCUUACUGGAGGCCUUGCUCUCUUCUCCUGUGAACAAUAUUAGCAAUGGUGAGGUUUAUGAAAACACAGAAAGAGCUUUCACAGUCUUGUGUGUUAGCAGUCAAUGCAUGUGUAUUUAGAGAGCACCUUUUCUUCAUAUUCUUCCUCUUUCAGUUCCAGUGCUGAAAAACAGGACAGGGAUGCCUCUGCCACUGAGAUAUUAGAGAGAGAUAGGCCACUGUUGCACUUCUGGUGGUGAGGGACUUGUAAUAGACUGCUAUGAGAGAGUGAGAGAAAGAUGGAUGGAUGGAUCAAGUGGUAAAAGUUGCUAGGGAAGAACUGAAGUGGCCCUUGCAGAGCCCUGACCUCAACCCCACUGAACACCUUUGGGAUGAAUUGGAAUGCAGAAUAUAUCCCAUGUCUGUGAUGGUCAAUUCAAUUCAGUUUUAUUUGUAUAGCACUUUUAACAAUGGACAUUGUCACAAAGCAGCUUUACAGGUGUCUACAAACAUUUGUCCAUAUAAUGUAGGUUAUCAGAUGGGUGGAGGGGUGAAUGAACCAUUUUUUGAAAGGCUGGAUGGAUGGAUGGAUGGAUAGAUAGAUGAAUGAAUGUAUGGGUGAAAGGAAGGAAGAAUGAGUGGAUGGAUGGUAGACUGGGUAGAUGAAUGGACAGUUCAGACGGAUGGAUGGAUGGUGCAGGAGUGGAUGCAUUGAUGGAUGGUUGGGUGUUUGGAUGGAAGGAUGAACCAGUGGUUGGAUAGAAGGUUGGCCAGUGGAUGGAUGCAGUAGACAGGUGGAUUGAGUUUCCAAUUAAGAAAGAGGGAUAAAGAAAUACACAUGCCUGUCUGAUGUGUUCUUAAUUAUGUCACAUUCAAUGCAUUGUCUGCAUAAAAUGUUAAUUUUUUAUUGAGUCUACACAAGAGUUUUAAAAUAUAAACCUUUACAUGAAUCAUGGAUGAGCUACAAACAAUUUAAAUCAGGUUAAUGUAUCUGGUGGUAAUCUGAAAAGCAGCGUUCUGGCAUAAAG